AUUCAAGAAGAUCCGGAAAAAGUUUUCUAUUCAUUCAGUUUUUUGACCCUAGAAAUGAAUAGGAAUUUCAAUUACAAUUAAUCAUUUUGCCAAUUAAAAUUAAACCGUUAUGUUAUGCAGAUAGCAUUAAUUAAAAUUUGUCGAAUCUCGAAAGUGAUAAAGUUAUUGGUCUGGUUGCCAAGGAAACACCGGUAAAUAGAACCCCGAAAACAUUCCAAAAAUGGCGUUCAACUUGACCUUUGUGGGGAUUUUCCUCAUUUUCCUCAUGGUUUUCCAUGGAAAUGCCCAAAAAGUGGUCGAUUUAAACGAAGAUAAUUGGUCCCAGAUACUCAAGGGCGAAUGGAUGGUGGAAUUCUAUGCCCCAUGGUGUCCUGCUUGCAAAGCUCUAGAACCCAGAUGGAAAGAUUUUGCCAGAUCAGGCCCAGCCCUAGGCAUCAAAAUUGGUAGUGUAGAUGUUACCACUGCCCCAGGGCUUAGUGGUAGGUUCAUGGUAACUGCUUUGCCUACAAUAUUCCAUGUUUUAAAUGGCCAAUUUAGACAGUUUAAGGGGGCUCGAGACACUGACUCUUUCAGUUUGUUUGUUGAGGAAAGGAAAUGGGAGCAAGUUGAACCAAUUCCAAGUUGGAAGGCGCCUGAUUCUUUACAAAUGAGCGCUGUUGCGUCAUUUUUCAAGCUUUCUCAGACUUUAAGACAAAUUCACAACACAUUCACCAAUGAAUAUGGAUUGCCUACAUUUGUGUCAUAUCUAAUUUUUGCCAUUGCUACAAUUAUUAUGGGUGCUUGCUUGGGACUAAUUCUUGUUUGUGCAAUAGAUCUUAUUUUCCCACAAAGACCUGUUCCUGCAAGUGUUUUAUCCGGAGAUAUAAAGGACAAAGAUAGUGAUAAUGGAUUUUUGAAUGAUGAUGAUAUAAAAGAUGAUCUGAUUGAUCAAGAAACAACAGAUUUUGAUGACAAUGUCUCGACAGAUUCAGAACAAGCUAAAUCCCAACAAUCUCCUUCUGCAGGCAAGGCCAGAAAGCGUAAAACAAAAAGACUAGACAUGUGAUAUAAUUGUAAUAAAAUACCUAUAUUAUGUAAAAAAAAAAAAUAUAUACGAUCAAAUUGUUGCAAAAUUAUGUAAAGUUUAUGACUAAACAAGUAACUCAUAAACUUUGUGUAUUUUAUAAAACUUAAUAAUGUAAUUCCUAUUUAUAUAGUUUGUUUGAAAUCAUUCUCACAAGCAGUAAGUAGGCAAAAGAUGAAUGGUACUUUUGUCAGAAUGAUUUGGUCUGGAACAGUAAUACCAAUAUUUAAUUAUUAGUUGAAAAUGUUGAAUAAUAAUAUAUUAGCAAGGGUUCCAAAGAAGUCAAUCGACUUUUUAUACUCUUUGUAAAUAUUUGCUUGCCAGAAAUUUACUGGUUUUUAGUAUAUUUAAGAGGCAAAUAGUAAGUAACAAUAGAGUCAAUCUUAAGAUAUGAAACACUGAAGGUGGAGGUUUGCUGACACUGAUUAAUAAUGUUGAAACAUAAAAUAGGCUGCUUUUAUUCCGAGGUUGUGUACCUACCUGGCGCUAUUAUAUGAGUAUAUUUUAAUGUAGUUUUUGUGAUAUUUUUUUAUGGAAAAAGUAUCAUGUGAAUUUUUUUUUUGUAUAUUGCCUUUUUUAACUACCAAUACCAAAUUUCUAAUAAAAGUUUACAAUAAUU